AUAAGAGUAUGCAGGGCAACAAGAUGUAUCGUGCAUCAUGAACAUUCUUUAUCUUAAAUAUAUCUUUUACAUACUUCCUACAUUAUACAACUUGCUACAAAAAAGAGCUAUCCUGCUGGAGUCAAAGAACUCGAAUCUCCGAAACGGUCUUCUCUUGCUUUUCCCCCUCUUGUUUACAGCUCAAGAACCACCAACACUAUAUUAUGCCAUUGUCCAAACCACCACCACCGCCACCCAAACCUACAUUUGACGAGUUUUCGACUCCCAAUGAUUUCAAUGACAAAUUUAAACGAAAAGAAACGACAAAGUACAUGAAUCCCUGUGCUCUGGAAGAAAAACAAAGCAUGAAGUGCCUGGACCAAAACAACUAUGACAAAAGCAAAUGCGAUUACUUUUUCCUACAGUACAGGGAAUGCAAGAAGAAAUGGUUGGAGGAACGUCGUCAAUUACGCAAAGCGGGUCAAUUGUAAUAAACAAGCUU